AUGGCGAAUCGCACGGAUCCUACGGCGCACUUGGUACACGGGACCAACCCCCAAUUCCUAUUCAGCAAGAUUAUGCGGGACAAGGUUUACAAUUGUAUGUACUGGAAGGAAAGUUGCUUCGGUUUAACCGCAGAGUCUAUCAUCGACAAGGCGGUAGAGCUAGAGUACGUCGGUGGUACCGUAGGCGGCAAUAGACAACCCACUCCAUUUAUCUGUCUCGUUCUUAAGUUGCUGCAAAUACAACCUGAUAUUGAUAUAAUCGAGGAAUACAUACGGAACGAAGACUUCAAAUAUCUCCGGGCUCUAGGGAUCUAUUACAUGCGCCUAGUUGGCAGCGCGGCAAAGGUUUAUGAAACGCUCGAACCUAUAUAUGCUGAUUAUCGAAAAUUACGUUUCAGGAAGAACGACGGGAGUUACGAACUUAAGUACAUGGACGAAUUUGUCGAUGACUGUCUUCGAUUAACGAGCUACCUGGAUGUCGAUCUACCACCACUAACUAAGCGUGCAGUAUUAGAAGAUACUCACGUACUGCAGCCACGGGCAUCGUUGCUAGAGGACGACACCACUUUGGUUGCGGAGCCCCGCGACACCGUUUCGUAA